GAGCAGGUUCAAAUAAAGACGGCGGGUGAGCAUGGCGUCGCCUCUUGCGUCUAGGAGGUGAUCACUCUGUGUUGUUUUGAAGAUGUGGCGGGUGAAAAAACUGAAUCUUAGCGUGUCGCCUUCGCCCCAACCGGGAAAAGCAGCUAUGAGAACGCCUCUCCGAGAACUUAUCCUGCAGCCUGGUGCCCUCACCAACUCGGGAACAGGGCCCCCGAUAGCCUACUCGUCCACCUCAUCACUGUGCAAGCUAGGGCCGCAGGAAGGCAGCAACAGCUCAUCUCCACUGGAUCUUGUCAAUGCUAAGGAGACAGACUCCCCUUCAGAACACUUCAGCCAUCCCUCAACAUGUCUAGAAGCUUGUCAACAUGAAUCAGAUGAGCAGCCCCUAAAUCCGAUUCCCCAAACCAAUUCUACUCCCAGAACAUCUGAGGAAGCAGUAGACCCACUGGGCAACAAUGUGGUUAAAACCAUGGUCGUUGUACCUUCUCCAGGCGGGCCUCAGCAAAACAUUACACUCGAGGCCCAUCUAGAUACCAUGGCAGAGACAAACAGCUUCUCUCUAGAUGAGCCUUUGAGGACAGGAGAUCUGCUGAGAAAGGGGGUGGCCCCCUGCAUGGAAGACAACUUUUCAGAAAUUGUUCCUGCUAUGCCUGAGAAACCUACAUUUCAGAAUCCUCCAUCCCAUCUGUUGGAGUACCCACAAAAUUCCUGUUCUGAGCAACAGCUACACUGCUCCAGGGAAAGCCUGAAGGACAGUAGGACUGAGGCUGUGCCUGAGGACCUAGUCCCUUCUGAAAGUAAUGCCUUGUUGCCUUCCUCCCCGCUCUGGCUUUCCCCUUCAACUGUCUUAGCAGCAGACUUCCCUGUCAGUCUUGUGGACCCAGGGGAGGAAAUUUUAGAGCACAGAACUACAGAGGAGAGAGAAAUGAGGUUUCCCACAUUCCCUGAGGAGGCUGAAUUGGGAGAUCAAGCACUUGUCUCAAAUAGGGACGAUAUUCCAUCCACAGGCCUGACCCCAAAUCCAGAAGAAAUGGAAUCCCAGGCAGCUCCAGGGCCAGCAGUAGAAGAUGCUGGGAGCAUUCCCGUCUCUGAUAUGGGGCCUUGGAUGUCUCCCCUGGCCUGGCUGGAAAAAGGUGUAAAUACCUCCGUCAUGCUGGAAAAUCUCCGCCAGAGCUUAUCUCUUCCCUCUGUGUUUCGGGAUGCUGCGAUUGGCACUACCCCUUUCUCUACUUGCUCGGUGGGGACUUGGUUUACUCCCCCAGCACAGCAGGAAAGGAGUACAAACACAUCCCAAACAGGCCUGGUGGGCACCAAGGACAGUACUUCUGAGACAGAGCACCUUCUAUGGGGCCGUCCUCCAGAUCUGACUGCCUUAUCUCGACAUGACCUGGAAGAUAACCUGCUGAACUCUCUUGUCAUUCUGGAGGUACUCUCCCGCCAGCUGCAGGACUGGAAGAGCCAGCUGACUGGCCCUCACCCAGAAGUUCAGGACAGCAGCACACAGACUGACACCUUUUCCAGUGGGAUGAGUAAGAAACCUCAGCAUCUUCAGGAGAGCCAGGAGAUUGGACAGGCUCUGCGGCAGGCCAGGAACGUCAUGCAGUCAUGGGUGCUGGUCUCUAAAGAGCUGAUAUCCUUGCUUCAACUAUCUCUGCUGCACUUAGAUGAAGAUAAAACUGCUUUGAGUCAGGAGUCUUGGCGUACAGAAACCUUGGUGUCCCGCUGUUUUGAUGUGUUGAAGAAAUUGAGGGCAAGGCUCCAGAGCCUCAAAGCAGAGAGGGAGGAGGCAAAGCACAGAGAGGAAAUGGCCCUCAGAGGCAAAGAUGCGGCAGAGACAGUGCUAGAGGUUUUCUGUGCACACGCCAGCCAGCGCAUCAGCCAGCUGGAACAGGACCUGGCAUCCAUGGGGGAAUUCAGAGGCCUUUUGAAGGAAACCCACACCCAACUGGUAGGGCUUCAUACUGAGCAAGAAGGGUUGGCUCAGCAGACAGCAAGUCUUACUUCAGCCUUGCAGCAGGACUGGAUAUCCAUGCAACUGGAUUAUGUAACAUGGACAGCUCUGCUGAGCCGGUUUCAACAACUCACAGAGAAGUUUACAGCCAAGAGCCGGCAGACCCUGCAGGAACGUGAUGCUGCAAUUGAGGAAAGGCAGCAGGUUUCCAGGGAGCUGGAACAAGUCUCUUCCCAUUUAGAGGACUGCAAAAGCCAACUAGAACAACUGGAGUUGGAAAACAGUCGUCUGGCAACAGAUCUCCGGGCUCAGCUGCAGAUUCUGGCCAGCAUGGAGAGUCAGCUAAAAGAGCUACAGAGUCAGCAUGCCCAUUGUACCCAGGACCGGGCCAUGAAGGAUCAGUUGCUCUGCCAGCUUACCCAGAGCAGUGAGGAGAAGGCUGCUCAAUGGCAAAAGGAAGAGAUGGCAUUAAAACAUAUGCAGGCAGAGCUGCAGCAACAACAGGCGGUCCUGGCCAAGGAGGUGCAGGACCUAAAGGAGACCCUGGAGUUUGCAGAACAAGAGAAUCAGGUUGCUCACCUGGAGCUGGGCCAGGUUGAGUGUCAGUUGAAAACCACCCUGGAAGUACUCCGGGAACGCAGCCUGCAGUGUGAGGACCUGAAGGACACCAUGGAGAACCUGAAGGCUAAACUGGCCAGCACCAUGGCAGAGAAACAGCAGCAAGACCUGGAGAAGACACGCCAGUAUUCCCAAGAGCUAAGGGUGCUGACUGAGCAACUCCGUAGCCUGACCCUCUUCCUACAGACAAAACUGAAGGAGAAGGCUGAACCAGAGACCCUCCCGAUAAGCACAGCCUGUGCUUCUUCCCAGGAACACCCUCUGCCCAGUGACAGCACCUUUUUGGGAAGCACCCUGACAGCAGUGGCAGAUGAAGAGCCAGAAUCAGCUCCUGUGCCCUUGCUUGGAAGUGACAAGAGUGCUUUCACCAGAGUAGCAUCAACGGUUUCCCAUCAGCCUACAGAAACCCCAGGCAUUGAGAAUAGCCUGGCAGAAAUGAGUACUAUGACUCUGGAGCUUCAGAGCCUGUGCUCCCUGCUGCAGGAGUCUAAAGAAGAGGCUGUCAGGACUCUGCAGCGAAAGAUAUGUGAUCUGCAGGCUCAGCUGCAGGCCCAGGAAGAACAGCAUCAGGAAGCCCAGAAGGCAAAGGAAGCGGACAUAGAGAAGCUGAACCAGGCCUUGUGCUUGCGCUACAAGAAUGAAAAGGAGCUCCAGGAAGUGGUACAGCAGCAGAACGAGAAGAUCCUAGAGCAGAUAGACAAGAGUGGUGAGCUCAUAAGGCUUAGAGAGGAAGUGACCCAGCUCACCCGUUCACUUCGUCGUGCAGAGACAGAGACUAAGGUGCUCCAAGAGACCCUGGCAGGCCAGCUGAACCCCGACAGUCAGCCCAUGGCCACUAACUGGAUCCAGGAGAAAGUGUGGCUCUCCCAGGAGGUGGACAAGCUGAGGGUGAUGUUCCUGGAGAUGAAAAAUGAGAAGGCAAAACUCAUGGUCAAGUUCCAGAGCCACAGAAACAUCCUGGAAGAGAAUCUGCGGCGCUCUGACAAGGAGUUAAAGAAACUAGAUGACAUUGUUCAGCAUAUUUAUGAGACUCUGCUGUCCAUCCCAGAGGUCGUGAGGGGUUGCAAGGAGCUACAGGGAUUGCUGGAAUUUCUGAGCUAAGAAACUGAAAGCUGGACUCUGUUUCACCCCUUUUUACCUGCAGUACUCCCUUACCCCAACACCAGGACCAAUUGGCUUAGAGCCAGCUCUGUUUAACGCUAUUUAAAUAAAGUAUAUUUAAUGUAUUUC